UACCUAUUUAUUAUAUUAAUCUAUAGUAGGCGAUGGUUGUUGGAGUGUUGGUAUGUCUAGGUGCUUAGGAUGAUAGAGGAAGUAUAGUUCAAUAGAAUGGUCGUGCAUUUGUAUUUCUUUACUUGUGAUGCAUACCAUGUAAAAUAUAUUUGCGCAAUGUAAAAGUAACAGUGUUUCGUUAUUAGUACUUGGAGUCUUUCUUCAGUUUUGGGAACUCGCUGCUAAGUGCUUCAAAGGAUCACUCCAUGACAGUACAAUCUGAGCUGAUAGACACACUAACUUUAAUAGAACUUUGUGGUCCAGAAAUCUGAUGGGUUAGUAUGAUUGAAUUAAACAUUUAUACACAACUUAGGUGUGUGAAGAGCCACUGCAGAGGGCCUUGACAAUGGCAGUCCAUGGAGCCACCCCAAAAAGGAAGGAGAUUUAUAAAUAUGAGGCUCCUUGGCCACUAUACAGCAUGAAUUGGUCUGUUCGCCCAGAUAAACGAUUCAGGCUUGCGUUGGGCAGCUUUGUUGAGGAGUAUAACAACAAGGCGCAGAUAGUCUCACUGGACGAAGACACUUCUGAAUUCAGUGCAAAGAGUACAUUUGACCAUCCUUACCCAACCACAAAAAUUAUGUGGAUACCUGACAGUAAAGGAAUUUUCCCAGAUCUUCUGGCCACAAGUGGUGACUAUUUGCGAGUAUGGCGUGCAGGGGAGCCAGAAACAAGACUGGAAUGUGUCCUCAACAAUAAUAAAAAUUCAGAUUUCUGUGCACCUCUCACUUCAUUUGACUGGAAUGAAGUGGAUCCAAAUCUGAUAGGAACAUCCAGCAUUGACACUACUUGUACAAUCUGGGGCCUAGAAACUGGACAGGUGUUAGGGCGUGUAAACAUGGUUACGGGGCAUGUGAAGACACAGCUUAUAGCCCAUGAUAAAGAGGUAUAUGACAUAGCCUUUAGUCGGGCUGGUGGUGGACGUGACAUGUUUGCUUCUGUUGGUGCUGAUGGAUCAGUCCGGAUGUUUGAUCUUCGGCAUUUGGAGCACUCAACCAUUAUCUAUGAAGAUCCACAGCAUACCCCACUCCUGCGUCUUGCAUGGAACAAGCAAGACCCCAAUUACUUGGCUACGGUUGCCAUGGACGCGUGCGAAGUGAUAAUUCUAGAUGUGAGGGUGCCAUGCACCCCAGUGGCUCGUCUUAAUAACCACCGUGCCUGUGUUAAUGGCAUUGCAUGGGCUCCACACUCUUCUUGCCACAUCUGCACAGCGGGUGAUGACCACCAGGCCUUAAUCUGGGAUAUUCAGCAGAUGCCCAGGGCUAUUGAGGAUCCUAUCCUAGCAUACACUGCAGCAGAAGGGGAGAUUAAUCAGAUACAGUGGGGAGCCACACAACCAGACUGGAUUGCAAUUUGUUAUAAUAAAGCGUUGGAAAUUUUGCGUGUGUGAGGAGUGCUUUGAUCAUGGUCUUCGGUAAGCACGCAAUAUCAGUGGGACACAUGAUCAUGUUAUUAUAUUCGAAAAAUUUUAUUGCGUUUACAUAUGUGAGACCAGUCUAAUUUUGAUGAUAUUUCGUAGUUUUGCCGAAUUUUUACCCAGUGAUCUUUUAUUUGUUUUGUUUUUUUACAAUGGAAGAAAGCAAUUACUGCAUGUGGCAGAGAAGCCUGACUAGUUUAAUUUCUGAAUAAAUUCUGUUUUGUUGAGUAGUGAUAUAAACUGACACAUCAACAAAAACAGAAUUCAUUAAUGCCCCCUUCCACAAUCAUGCACUCUUUGAGUGAAAUUAACUAUCGUAUGUUAUUUAACAUGUAUCUGAUAUUGGCUUUGAGUUCAACAAAAGUAGUGGGCCGUAUGUGACUUCAGAUAACCCUGGAAAAAAAAGUAGUUGGGGGCUAAGAAAUCAGGAGACCUUGGCAGCCAGUUGAAGUCACCAAACUGUGGGGUUAGUCAAUUUGGAAACGUUUUGUGCAGCUUCUCCAUACUCAUUCGUGCAGUGCGUGAUGUGCUGUCUUCUGGAACCACCAUCGCUAUGUGUGAUCCCAACCAAACACCUAUGCAUGCUGUACAUAUCUGUGGCCUUGAACACUUCUACUCAUAUUUGUUUACUACUCAACAUAAAAAUUUCAUUAUAUCUGCCUGACCAUGUAAAUUUGAUAGUGAUUACAGCACAAACUCGAUGAGAAAUGGUGAUGUUCUGCACAUUGUGUAGACAUUUGUCGGAUAUUUUAUACUGAUAAAGGAAGUAAUCAGAUAAAACGGAAUAAAUUGUGAUUAUUUGCAAGUAGCUUGGUGGAUCAGGCAGAGCUUGAAAUGCAUGUGUGGUUAUUACAUGACAGAUGUACAGACAAAAUGAUUACAGAAUAAGGAAAAUCAGUGGAAAGUCUUCUUGAUUUUGGAAGAUAAUUCACAUUGAUUGGUCAAUAUAGAAGACUGCAGAUUUAAAUUUGAAAACGUUUUGAAUUUUGAAGUUCUUAUUGUGAAGUAGUGCAACUCAGAACUGAGCCAUUUCAUAGACCUGUAAACAUAUAGAUAGACAACGUUGAUGUUCUGUUUGCGUCUCGGUUAAUGUUUCUGAAGUCACCAUUAUUGCAGAAGUGAUAUACUUUUGCAAAAUGUGUUGGUUUUACACUGAGUGUCCUUCACAUACCUCGAGAAGUCCAGCGGAAUUAAGUUAGGACUUCUUGGGGUGGCCACAAAAGUGGUCUGCUUUGACCCAGGACUCUGAAUAUUCAGAGGAUUAUGCAUCAUGAAGGUGAAAUUUGGUGAUGGAUCACAUUGCUGGAAAAUUAUAUAAUCAUUUUCUUGUGUUUGAGGAAACAGUAUUUGUUCACUAAAAUCACUUCUGUUUAUUUAUUUAUUUUCUAGUAAGUUGCCUGUUAAGAAUGAGAGAAAGUCUAACGUAGUAACACACGGCGUAAAUA